CGUUGGCCAGUCUGCGGAACGUGUGUAGGACACACGAGGCUGGCGAUACCUAACGCUGCGCAGAAUCGUAUCGGCUAUGGUGUAACAUGAGUUAGACGAGCCGUAUUUAAUUGUGCACCAGUGUGAAAAGGGACCUUGGAAAGAAUGCCGUCGAUAUCACGCACGGUCUCGCCCUCGAUAAUCGUUCUUCUAAUAUUCGAAUAUUAUUCGGGGGUUCGUGGUUCUUCGAUAAAAUCUUUGGACGUGCCGAUAGCUGUGCGCAACGGAACCGGACCGGUGGAUUUGACCUGUGCCUACCAGAUUGACGAAAAUGAAAACGGACUUGUAAUCAAAUGGUUUCACGAAGCGUAUCAAAUCUAUCAGUGGAUUCCGCCAAUACCGCCACAAGAUAUUGGUAUCAUCGAAGGAAUUGCGGAAUAUCCGGUUGAAAACCUGAAGAAUCCAUAUUCGUGUUCGAUGAUAAGAUUGAAGACUGUUACGAUAAACAUGACAGGCGAAUAUACGUGUACGAUCAGCACAUACCAAGAUGAAGCGAGCAAUUCGACAAAGAUGAUUGUUUAUGUACCGGAAAGCAACAUGACGAUACGUACUUAUCCUUUUAAUAAGACUCACGUGAAUUUAACAUGUGUGGUCAUGGGUGCGCUACCACGACCGUCUCUGAAACUUUACGUCAACAAGAUCGAGAGAAACAGUUAUGAAAGCGAUCGGGGACCCUUAACGGAUUGGUACAAGGGUAACCCUCAAACAUCACUGGACGUCAUCGUCGAGAAUACGUUGGAUGCUGCUAUUUUCGAGUGCGAAAUGUCGAUCCCCGAAACAGAAUAUAAACGCCGAGAACGGAUCAUCUAUUAUCCCACGCAAUUACUACACUAUCGCACAAAUGUUUCACAAGGGAGGCACUACGCGAUGUUGCUUGUCGAUAUCCUUUGUAUUGCCAUUCUUAGAUUAAUAUGGUAGGAUUAAGGUAGACUGAUUUAAUCACAAAUUGUACUCCAGAGAAAUAAAUAUUUAUUUAUUAAAUAAA